AUGAAGAAGAAAAUAAAUAAAAAUGAAAUAAGGGGAAAUGUUAAAUGUCUUAAUACCGAAACAAUACAAGAUAUUCUGAUGAGUACGAGAUGAGAGAAUACAGAAAAUGAAGUAAACUAA